AUCUCCCGGCUGGGGCUGGCUCAAGCAGAAGGAGCCCCGAGGGAAAAUUCCCCCGGAUGGGUUGCAACACCCCGCGGAGGAGCUGCAGUGCCUGUGGCCGGGUGAGCAGCGCGGGACGGCGCUUUGGCUCAAGGUGCUGCUUGACCUACUGAAGCUGCUGAGAGGAGCUGAUCAUCAGUGAACACCACUGAAUGACCAUCUCUGUCACCACGUGCCUUCCUGCAGCAUGACAGAGCUCCAUGAAGCCGUGGCUGUGGGUGACUAUGACCUGGUGAAGAAGAUUUUGAAGGCAGGGCGCUGUGACCCAAACCAGAAGGAUGUUGACUGGCAUGGCAGGACCCCCCUGCACUGGGCUGCUGCCAAAGGGCGGUCGGACCUGGUCAGGCUCCUGGUGGGUCACGGUGCCCGGCCCUGCCUGCGGAGCGAUGUGGGCUGGACCGCGGCGCACUUCGCUGCCGAGGCGGGCAAGCUGCGGGUGCUCCACGCCCUUCACUCCCUGCACGCUGCUAUGGAUGCCGCCGACCUCUUCGGAGACACUCCCCGGAGGCUCGCGGAGAUCUACGGACACCAGGAGUGCUCCAGAUUCUUGGAAAAAGCAGAGGUGGAGAGCAGGAACUACCGCAGGAAAGCUGCACUGAGAAAAAUCCCCUUAGACCAGAGAGAUGAAGACUGGGAACUCAAGAAAGAAGAGCUUAAGAAAAAUCCACCAUGUUUUUGGGAGAAGUGUACGGCCUCUAUUCUAAAGAAAAAUGGGGGGGAAAGGGGGAAGCAAUAGUGUUUGGUGCCUGUUUGGUGCCUCUGAGCACUUGCAAUGCAGAGCAAAGGCACUGGCAGACUUCAGAUGGAUCUGCAGUGUGAUAUUUGUGUGAACAGAAUAAGCAGAAGGCUACAAGAGUCCAUCCUUAGAGACACACUGUAAAUAAUCUCCUUAAGAGCUAGAAGAGCUUCAGCCUCUCUGUGUGUUUCUAUGUAUCUGAUCUCUAAAAUAAAAACAAUUGAAGGAUAUGUUUAAAUAUACCAAUACUGUAAAUCACUGCAAUGUUUUGAGUUCCUGCAAUGGCAGUUACACAUAUGGCCAGGGAAAAAAUAGUCUUGAUCCUACCUGAUUCACAAAAGCAUCUUGGAUUGUGGUUCUGCUUGCUCUGCUGAUGUCUGUGGCCUUUGCAUCUUUACUUCUGUCACUGAGUCAACCAGGAGGCUCUACAUGGACUUGCAGCCUCUGGUGAUGCCUGUCUCAUUUCUUGGAAGUGAGAUGUACUUGCUUCUUCUGGAUAAAGCUGAGAUAUUAAUGCUAAUAUUUCACUUGACACAUGGGUCCAACAGCCUGAAUCUUCCAUUCCUGGCCCAGCUAAAGGGAAAAUGUGCUCCUUCCUUGCUGCUUUCAGACAGCUGUGACUACCAAGGGUACUGGAGCACUGCCAUUUUUUAGCAUUGUCCCCAGCCAUAUUCAUGUUUCUGCAAAUAGAACUGGUGUGCAAGUGUUAUUGAGUUCUGCUUCUGCUCAUCAAUGCUUCCCAUGGCAAAAGCAUUUUUAACACUUUCACUUCUCAGUCAUAAAGACUUGGAAUGUGACUCAGAGCAGUUUUCCAUACUGUGCCAGCACGGGGCAGCCAUUACCAUUGAGUUGUGGCACCUGUCAUGUGUCAGCUUCUCCAGGCUGGGCACAUCCUUCGUCUGUCCCCAUGGGCUGUGCAGGGUGGCUGUGCUGAUGGACACCCUGUCCCCUGCAGUGCCAGCUGAGUGGGGCUGGUGCACAGGAGUGGGAUUCUGUGCUGGCUGUCACAUUUUCAUGGGGAUGGAAGGAGGGAUCUGCAGUGUGAUUCACUGGGACUGUGGUGUUUUAUGUGGUGAUUUUUGCAAGGUGCUGGAUUUUGCCUGCUGAGUCUUGUGGCAUGUGAGGUUGGGAGGGAUGGAUGUUGCACUAGAUGUAGGGUAUGAGAUGGAUCUUCCAGGGCUUUCCUGUGAAAGUGGUUGGGAUUGUCAUGUUAAAGGAUGAAGUUCAUGAGCAGCAGCAGGGGAAGAAGGGAUGUGUGGCUUUUUGUCCUUUCAAGGUCUCUCACAGGGGAGAUGCGUCCAGCAGAGCUGCUUACAAUCUGCCUCUGGACCUGAGCUAAUGGUAGAAGUGACCAAUUCAGGUUCUGCUCCAUUCUACAUGUUUCACUUGCUGUGGUGGGUUGACCUCAGGGAGCAGACAAAUGCCCACCCAGCUGUUCCUUCUCUGUCACCCAUAAAUGAGGUGGAAAAUAGGAUGGGAAAACUGAUGGAUCGAGAAAAAUACAGUGAAAUCAUUAAACAGUUACUGUCACAGAUGAAACAGACUUGAUGUGCAGAAAAUGAAUUUAUUUACCUACUAAAAGUACAAUAGGAGGAUGAGAAAUAAACACAAACUAGAACCCGCCUCCUCCACCACCCUUUCAUCUGAAGUUCAACUUCCCUCCUUCAUCUCCAGCUCCUCCACCUCCUCCUCCACAGCAGCACAGGGGAAGGAGAAUGAAAUUGCAGUCAGUUCACAGUGAGUUUUCUCUUCCACUCCCUUUUCAUGCUGUUUCCCUCAUUCAGAACAAAACUUGGGUGUUUCACUGAGCCAGAGUGCACUGGGAAAAGCCAACCUCAUCUCCAGGUGAGAGCAGGCCAGGAGAGCAGUCCCACAGAGCAGGCAAUCCUGUCCUUGCAGGCAGUGGGGCACAGAGGACACGCAGGGCUGGAGUGGGAAGGAGGCUCUGCAGCCCCUGAGCUCCCCGGGGCCGUUCCUGCCUCGCUCUUUGUGGCUCAGUGACCACCUCUGGGGAGUGUCAGGGCUCAGCGUGUUCACACUGAGCUAUCAGCCACUGCCAGGCACUCAUACAGCCCAUAAUAUAUCACACAGAAGGAAAGGUAAACCAAAAUACAGAGAAACCCUGCAGUUGAUUUCAGUUGUUUCCAUCAGAAAAUGCCAGAGCAUUUGGUGGCCAGUUCGCAGUAUUUUAACUAUC